AUGGAAGCUUCUGGUUUCUUCCUUCCCCAGCUACCUGCAGGGAGUCUGCAGCUCACUCUCUACCAGUAUAAAACGUGUCCUUUCUGCAGCAAAGUCCGAGCCUUUCUUGAUUAUCAUGGACUGCCCUAUGAAAUUGUGGAAGUGAACCCGAUAAUGAGGAAAGAGAUAAAAUUCUCUUCCUACAGAAAGGUGCCUAUCCUGCUAGCCAAUGCUGGAAGCCCUCUGCAAUUGAAUGACUCUUCGGUGAUCAUCAGUGCAAUAAAGACCUAUCUCAUUUCCAAGAGGAAUAGCUUAGAAGAGAUUGUGUCCUUUUAUCCUCCUAUGAAAACUGUCACUGACCAAGGCAAGGAGGUAUUUGAGUAUGGGAAUAAAUACUGGCUCAUGCUGGAUGAGAAGGAGACAAAGCGAAUCUAUCCUGUCAAAGAAGUGAGAGUGGAAGAAAUGAAGUGGAGAAAAUGGGCAGACGAUUGGCUUGUUCACCUCAUCUCCCCCAAUGUUUACCGUACUCCCAGAGAAGCCUUGGCAUCUUUUGAUUACAUUGUCCGUGAGGGGAAGUUUGGCACCGUGGAAGGUUUCUUUGCCAAGUACAUGGGGGCUGUUGCCAUGUUCUUCAUUAGCAAGAGGCUGAAGAAAAGACAUCACCUUCAAGAUGAUGUCCGAGAAGACUUGUAUGAAGCAGUUAACGAAUGGGUAAAAGCUGUCGGCAAACAUCGACUGUUCAUGGGUGGAAACCAGCCAAACCUUGCUGACUUGGCAGUGUACGGGGUCCUCCGAGUCAUGGAAGGGCUGGAAGCCUUUGACGACAUGAUGGUUAACACCAAGAUUCAGCCUUGGUACCAGCGUAUGGAAGAAGUCAUUCAAAAAGCUGAAGUUGCAGUCUGAUGCCAGCUUCAGCUGCCUUCCUGAAGUACUUGCAUGAUUAAAAAAAAAACUUCAGAAGGAAUGGCAUUUAUUUUUUAAGAAUUGGAUGGACUGGUCACGCCUAAUGGACUGACAAGCAGGCACAGAGACUGUCCCGUUUAGAAUAUCAAGUGGCAGCGAGCAGAGGGAUCCAGCCGGGUGUAUUGUAUGAACGUUGUAUGUAGAAGGAUGGGGACAGGUAAAACGAAAGGAUCUUGAAUGCUGCUGGAAAGGAG